CCCAGGCGCCCCUGCGACUCACUUUCUGAGCUCCAAAUGAGGAUACACCUUACCACUUGCCUCCAGGACUGCACAGCCCAGCCCCCUCCUUCACCCUGCUUCCAGGCCUCAGAAUAGAGGUAGUUAUCUCCACUGCAGACUUCCUCAGAGCUGAACUGACCAGCGAGCAGAGGACACACACCCCCUAUUCUAUGUCAGGGCAAAGGAAGAAAUCGGGGAGCCCAGCGGUUCAUUCAAUCAAGUCUAUCUGCUGAGCACCUAGUAGGUGCUGGUCCUGCGCUGGGCACCAGGAGCAUUGGGAACAAGACCAGACCCUGUCCUCAAGUCAGAAAAGGAGGAGUCCAAAGACAAGAAAAUUGUGUGCUGAGUAUUAUGAUAACAAGUACAGAGAGCUGUUCCAUGUAACUGGAAACCAGACAAGCCUAGGGGCUAGAGAAGUCGUCCCGGGAGAUAAAUGCCCUUGGAGCUGCGCCUUUAAGAACUGGCUAGCGCUCCCCAGGUGCACGGAGACUGCUGGGACUACCUGCCCAUUGAACAGAAGAGGAGACUGAACCACCAGCGUCGGUCUACCCUGCCCGCCUCACUUAGCCAGACCAGACUGAGCACGGUUCGGAGUCAGUAGGCCGAGCACCCCAGCCGAGACGCGGUGCCCACCCCACUCCCUCCAGCGCCCGGGGCGGGGCCUCGGCCCAGGUGCGCGGCGGCCGCGGCGGCGCUUCGCGGAGGCAGGAAGUGUGUCCCCAGCGGCGGCCCGUGCAGCGCUCCCGCGAGACGCUCACCUGCGCUCCAGGUGAGCGGCGAGGGGGGCGGGGGGAGGGGCCGAGCCGGAGGCGGCUCACCUGGCGGCACAGGUGCCUGGCUGCAAGAAACCAUGCAAUGAGCCAUGCCCCGCCCUGGACACCCCCGCCCAUCAUCUGGGCCCCCACGCUUGGGACCCUGGGAGCGGCCAACAGAACUAUGCCUGGAGACUUUUGAUGAGCCACCCCAACCCCCACCAAGCCGCCGCACCCGCAGGCCAGACCCCAAGGACCCUGGCCACCAUGGGCCCGAGAGCCUUACCUUCAUCUCCGGCUCUGCUGAGUCUACUGCUGAGCCCCCGGCCUGUUGCCCGCUCUGGCGACCCUGGGUGUGGGACUGGUGCCGGGCCGCCUUCUGCUUCCGCCGCUGCCGGAGUUGCCUCCAGCGUUGCGGGACCUGCAUGCGGGGCUGCAGCCCCUGCUUGUCUGCUGGGGACUCCCCUGAGGGGGCUGCCGAAGCCAGCUGGGCCAAAGAACACAAUGGAGUACCCCCCAGCCCCGACCGAGCACCUCCCAGCCGGCGGGAUGGCCAACGGCUCAAGUCAACCAUGGGCAGCAGUUUCAGUUACCCUGACGUCAAGCUCAAAGGCAUCCCCGUAUAUCCCUACCGCAGCGCCACCUCCCCAGCCCCUGAUGCGGACUCCUGCUGCAAGGAGCCCCUGGCCGAACCCCCGCCUAUGCGGCACAGCCUGCCCAGCACCCUUGCCAGCAGCCCCCGUGGCUCUGAAGAGUACUACUCCUUCCACGAGUCAGACCUGGACCUGCCCGAGAUAGGAAGCGGCUCCAUGUCCAGCCGAGAGAUUGAUGUGCUCAUCUUCAAGAAGCUGACAGAGCUGUUCAGCGUACACCAGAUUGACGAGCUGGCCAAGUGCACAUCAGACACUGUGUUCCUGGAGAAGACCAGUAAGAUCUCGGACCUCAUCAGCAGCAUCACCCAGGACUACCACCUGGACGAGCAGGACGCCGAGGGCCGCCUGGUUCGCGGCAUCAUCCGCAUCAGUACCCGCAAGAGCCGAGCCCGCCCGCACACCACGGAGGGGCGCUCCACGCGGGGAGCGGCCCCUGCUGCUGCCCCUGACAGUGGCCAUGAGACCAUGGUGGGCUCAGGGCUCAGCCAGGAUGAACUCACAGUGCAGAUCUCCCAGGAGACCACUGCAGAUGCCAUCGCCAGGAAGCUGAGGCCUUAUGGAGCCCCAGGAUACCCAGCCAGCCACGACUCAUCCUUCCAGGGCACAGACACAGACUCGUCGGGAGCGCCACUGCUCCAGGUGUACUGCUAACCUCGACCCGGCCCAGUGGCUGCGACCCCUUCUGGGAGUACAGCCCACAGCAUAAAGAGGGGCAGCAGGACCCCCUUCGGCGGAGGCUGGGCCACCCUGACUCCUCCCACCUCAGCUGACUGGUUCCUGGACCAUGUGCAUUUCAUUGGGCCAUGGUGCCCACAUCACCCUGGAUCCCUUGCUGGCCUGACCCCUGCCUGGAUCUGUUCCUUUCCACCCGUGGUCUUCACGCAGCCUGGAUCAGAGCGGACUUAGGAGCUACCUUCUGGGAUUGAAUCCCGGCUCUACCCCCGUAACAUACAUCCCAUAACCAGUCAUGCAAACUCCCCCCUCCCCAGGAUGAGGGUGGGGGGAGAGGGUGACAGCUCAAAGCAGCUUAUCUUAAAUGGAUUGGGCUGGGGGGCAGGCAGGGCCUCUGUCCGGAAUUCUGUGGGCACUGCCCACACUCCACAUGUUCCGUUGGCUCUUAGCUGAUGUUGUAUAUGCUAACAUGACCAUAGUUUUAAGUACAAAGAGAGUAGAUGACUGCCUGGUCAUCUCGGCUGUGACACUGCCCUUUCUGUCCCAUCUGCUUGACUGAUAAGCAGAGCAGGAGACAGGAUAGAGCACCCGGCUUGC